AUGGCAAAGCUGAAGCAUUUUGGAGCCAGAGGAAAGCUGCUUGAUCUGAUCAAGGCAUUACUGAAUGAGAGAUUCUACCAGGUUAUAGUCAAUGGGGAGCAGCUGUCCAGUCCACAUCGAGUGAGCAGCGGCGUUAUCCAGGGAUCGGUAGUUGGCCCAGUGCUUUUUACAUCAUAUUUGUUUGAUCUAGUUGGACUUAUAAAGAUGGACACAACUCUGUUUGCAGAUGACUGCAAAAUAUAUGCUAAUCCUCUAACCAGCGCAGUGCUGCUCCAGGCAGACCUGCAAAAUGAUGAGAUGUGGUCAAGGCAAUGUGGAAUGAAACUAAACACAUCCAAAUGCACAGUGUUGAGGAUCGGUCCAGAUAAUGAAUAG